AUUUUCUACAUAUGCUACCGUGAUUGUAAUAGAGAUCUGGAUACAUGUUAUCGACCGAGGGCACCAUGCCACACCGAUUGCCGGUGUAUACUUAGCAACGGCGGCCUUGACUUAUACUGUUUAGACUGUCGAGCUUCCUAAUCGCCUUACCAGACGUGACAACAAUUUGUAUGCUUUGGAUCUCAUUGGAGCCAUCAGCAUGGCUGAAGACACAGCAAUAGAAAAACACAUCAAAACAUUUGUAUCAAACAAAAUUGGCGAAUCGGUUUACCUGGAUCUGUCCAAGUCCAAGUUUGUGAUCAUCAAACACAAGGUAAAGAGAGGUUCCAUAUCACUGGCAUCACUCUGGAUUCGUGUCCUCCAGCACCACAAUAAUUACCCAGUACAGCACUACCCCUAUAGAACGCUGUACGAGGCUAAUGGAAACAGGAAGAUCAAAUUGAAGAUUGAUGAUGUCACCAUGACAGUUUUCCUGACAACUGGUACACUGACAAUACAGGGCAACUUCGUGUUGGAAUGGUUCACCCAACGAUUUGAGGACAUCCUCAGGAAUUAUGAUGCCCCAGACGGCCCAUCGCAGCCUGUACUUGCUAUGUUCACACAGUAUGAGAAUCAAUGGGGAAGUAUUCUGGAGAAGGAGAAGGAAACUGCUGAUGCACUCUUAAGGAAAGAGUGGGAAAAGGAGGAAGAGGCCCUCCGCAAGGCUGAUGACUUACCAACUUCUUUAAAGUACACCCUCAAGGAGCCAGAGGGGUCCUUACAGAAAGUGGAUGGAGAUGUGAACAGGACACUGCAACAGCUUGCUUCGGUUAGGCUUGACAAUUAUGAUGAUCAAUGGGAAAGUAUUCUGGAGAAGGAGAAGGAAACUGCUGGAAUUCCAGAAAUAAGUGAUUGGUUUAUUUUCACUUUAGAUGAAGUCUUAAGGAAAGAAUGGGGAAAAGAGGAGGAGGCCCUAUGCAAGGCUGAUGAAUUACUAGUCUCUGUAAAGGAAUCUCUCAAGCCAGAGGGGUCCUCACAGAACUUGGAUAGUGAUGUGAACAGGACACUGCAACAGCUUGCUUUUGUUAGGCUUGACAAUUUGGAAGAGGAGGGCCUGAGCUCCCAGUUGGAGAAGCUGAAACAAGGAUGUGUCCUGGAUGGUCCCACUGUUAUCUAUCCUCUCUGGAAAGAUCUACUCAACCAUUGGUUCAGUAACCAGGCUAACAAGGUGUACAUAGCAACCCCUUUCAUAGAUACUGCCAGACUUCUGGACAUCUGCCAAUUGGUCCUUAAACACAAACUGACUGCAAACUUGGAAGCCUUCUACGUACGCUUAAACUGUGAUCACAAACUCCAAAUCUCAGACAUUAGAAGAAAUGCACAGAACCAGCUGGAACCAAAAGACCAAGUAUUCAUAGAAUAUAAAGUCUAUAAUAGGUUUGUUUAUCCACUAAAGAGGUUCCAUGCCAAGUUCUUGGCUUGUGUAAAUAACGGACAGGCCCAAGUAAUGGUGACAAGUGCCAGCUUCCAUGCUGACCACUUCCACUCUCCUAACUUGGAAAGUGUUCUAUUUCUGACCAUGUCUGAGGCAGAGUUCACUCACAGGUAUCUGAGAACUAUGCAGGCAUCACAACUGGAGGUGACAAUAAAAACAUAAUUAUGUGCAUGGUAAACCAUUGUAGCAAAGUCAAGGUUUUUCAUAACCUGAAUGUACUUCUCUAUCUUAUACUUUUAUGGUUUGAAAAUGGCUAAAGUAGUAACUGUUAGGUAUCUAGUCGGAAGUAUUUGUCUUUCAGUAAUUUAGAAAAGAGACUCUAAUAGUGUAAUAAAUUUAAUCCCCCUUUACUUCUCAUUUUAGAAUAUAACCCUACUUUGUAUAUUCCCACCAUAUGUUAAUAUUCCUUUGUCCGUCUAUCCAUCUAGACUGUCAGCAUCCAUUUCUUACAGUGACAGUCAAUAACUGCUUAUUUUGUUUUCACUGAUAGAGGUUCUUUUUAGAUCUAAUACAGUAUAUUAUGGAGUUGAAUUUCUGGAAUGAUUUAAUGUUUAAACUGGAAGUUUGACUUUCUAUUAAGCUCCAUUACCUGAAUGGGGAGCAUACAUGUUUCACAGUGCCUGAGUUGGGGCUUGACCCAGGAUUGUAAGGUUGUCUGUUUCUUUGAGGUACAAUCGAGUGCUCAACAUUUAUACAGUAUAUAUUGUGGUCUCUGAUUUAAAUGAGAAAGCAGCCACACAAAUCCAGACCACUAAGAUUAGAAAAUGUUUUUGUGCCUUAAUAUAUGAAUUUUCAUAGUGGUAUAUAUGAGAUAUCUAUACAAUACAAAAAAAUACAUCCGUAAUCUAUACAAAAUACAUCAUGCAACUUUGAAUUUAGAAGUGUAAUGAUCGUAAUGUUUUAAAUUAGAAGUGUAUCAAUGUUUAUGAUUAUAGUUGCUACAUUUUAGAAGUGUAAUUAGUAAUAAGUAACUUACUCAUACUUUAUUUAAUUUUCUUUUUAUGCAAAGUGGCAGUGUGUGAUAACGUCUAUAGAGACUUACAACAUCAACAUCAAACAUACAACACUAAUAUAAGGUACAUAUUGCAAUUUUAAUUAUGUUUGACUUAAGAGGAACUCGAGAUGCUCAUAGGAUAAUGUUGAAAUUAGACCUUCCUUAAUCAAUCUUAUUUGGAACUUCGUUUAAUUAACGUUAUGUAAUCAACAAACAAGGAGUUGAUUACUGAGAUGUUUAUGCAGGGUUUCACCCGUGGAUACUGAUACUUAUUCAUUGUUUUGGUGCCAUUCAAUCUUUAUGCAUUCAUAUUUAUUCAUUUUACUGUGGAAGUUUGUGUGCUACUGUGACUGAAUAAUAAAUACACAAGGGACUCAAUUGCCAAUACAAGUGGAAAGUAAUAGUGAUAUCAUGUGCUGAGUCUGGUUUAAAGGAUACAGAAUCCAUCAUGUGCUGAGUCUGGUUUAAAGGAUACAGAAUCCAGACAUUUUUUCAUUAAAUAGAUAUCAUUAAAUAUCACUUAUACAAAGCAAGAUGCCAGAUUCUGUGGAUAAGUAAAUGUUGUUAAAUGUAUGCUGUAUUGGUAAAUGCAUAUUUUCUGGUAAUCUUCACCAUUAUGUUUCAAGUUUGGGAAAGUACUUUUUGACCAUGUAGAACUUGCCUAAAGGACAAGUGAUGCUGCAUAUAAUGUCUUGCUCUGUAAUGUGAAGCUCAGAGAAAUCCAGGUUCAACCAUAUGAUUACUAAAGCAAAUAUCUGUGAUAAUGUAGACCCAUUGUUAGACAUAACUUUGUAUGGAGACUUUUUUAUGCCUUUUUAUGACAUUAAGAGUUUGUGUGAACAAAGUUUCUAUUUAAUUGACCAGUAUUAACAUUUUUACUUAAUGAAGUAACAUUUACAUUAUAAUUUAAUAUAUUUGCACGGUGCUUGUGUUAUCAGAGUGAAGCAAACUCACAGAAUUCAAAGUGUGUAUCUUAGUAUGCAGUAUUGUAAUUUUUUGCUCACAAAAAUGAAAAAUGUUCCUUAUACACUGUAUAAUAAUUAUUUUAAAAUAUGUUUCAUUUUACGUACAUGUUUUUUAUGCUUAUUUCAUUUCAAUAAAUUAAGCUCAAUGCAGACACAAAUUACA